GGAAACUAAUUUCCCGUACAGGGGUAUUUGUGUCAUUAAAAAACAUAAAAUCACUCGCCCAUUAGAUAUAGGGGGACUGUUGAUUUUGAUUCGGAGUCUUUCUUCAAUCUAUUAGCCGAAGCUCUGUAGAAUCGCGGAGAACUCGUCAAUGGCGAUUUCGAUCACGAAGGGUUUGAUCUGCGUCCUGCUAGCUCUGAUCGUCACGUCGUCGGCGCUCACGGGCUCCGAUGUUCCCUUCAUCGUGGCGCACAAGAAGGCCAGCCUCACCAGGCUCAAAUCUGGGGCCGAACGAGUCUCCGUCUCCAUCGAUAUCUACAACCAAGGAUCUGUGACUGCAUAUGAUGUAAGUCUUAAUGAUGAUAGCUGGCGACGAGAAGUGUUUGAUAUAGUCAGUGGCAACACUUCAAAGUCGUGGGAAAGGCUUGAUGCUGGUUCUUCUCUUUCACACUCAUUUGAACUGGAAGCCAAAACAAAAGGAGUGUAUUAUGGUCAACCAGCAGUCAUCACAUUCCGUAUCCCCACAAAUGCUGCCCUACAGGAGGCAUAUUCAACCCCAAUUCUGCCCUUGGAUGUCCUAGCAGAUAGACCUCCAGAGAAGAAGUUUGAAUCGGUGAAGAUUCUUGGCGAAAUAUGGAUCCCAGAUUUCUGUCCUCACAAUUGUGAUUCUGUUUGUGUACCUGGUUGCCACCCCAUCAAAAUCCAGUUCAAAAGGAAGCAAGAAGAGGCGGUAACAAGUUGGAGGUUGAUCCAGCAGUUUAAGAUCACAGUUGGAUUAUUCAAGGACCAAAUGGCAUGCUGUUGGCAAUCCUUUGUUUCCUCAUUUUAAGACAUCGUUCUUUUAAAUUUUUCUUGUUACGGGGCUGUUAAUUUAAAAUCGCUAGAUUUUACGAGUUGCUCGACUUAAGUGGGUAUUGUUCCCAAUGGUAGAACAAAGAAAUUAACCUAGGCUUUUGUACAUUUUGUGAGCAGUAAUUGCUUAUAAAUUUUGGACUGAAUCUUUAA